AUGAUUACUGGUGAACACACUCAAAUAUCUUUUGCCGUUCAUAGGGCAAUUGACAGCGCCCUUCGAAAAAUGAGCCUUGAUAAAGCUAUUCAUGAUUAUGCUUGCGUCGAUAUCGACGUGGGUGGAGUGACAAAACAAGCAGAUAUGGGUUGGGGCCCAAGAAGGCUCCCAAGUGGCUAUCCUAAGCGGCCGACACUUGACCCUACCAGAGGAAAUGUUAAUGUUGUGAUCGCAGCCAUAGUCAACCGCCGGCGUCCUAUGGUUAGUAUUGACAAGUGGAUAUGGGAUGCCGUCAAUGGCAAAUCCCUCAACUGCCAGCAUAUCGAUGUCUCAAAAAGCGAUACAGAUGAAGUCAAACUAUCAGGGGGUCCCCUCAUCAUUCCCUUCCACCUCCUCUUUUUCCGGCAGCCAGAAAUACCACGAGAAACCGACAUAAUCAUCGAUCGGGAAUGGUUGCAGAAGAUCGCUGAGUGGGAAUGGGAUCUGCAGUUUCAGUAG